UCCGUUUCUUCUUGAGCGGCAUGGGUGUUGUGCUUGUCAGGCUUGUCCAACGUCAAAUCACCAGUGGGCAGAGAGACGUUGGCGGGUCGUCUGUGAAUCCCUUCGUUUUCUCGACUUUAUUUUUUGCGUUUCCCUUGCGCAACUCCGAAAAUCUCAACAAACGUUUGAGGUUCCAAACUUGUUGCCCUUGCCUUCCCGCACAAAACUAGACUGGCGCCACCGAGUGGCAGUCAUCAUAUUCCGUCGUUUUUCCCCCAUUCCAAUGUGCUCGUCAUCUGCUGUCACUCUGCCAGCCGCAAGCCGCAGCACCCCUCCUCGCAGACCCGCCAGACAGAGCCAGACAAGUUAUGGAUCGGUCGCAGAGGUUCGGCUCUCCCAACACCACGCAUGAGCAUCGCCCUUGAGCGCGAGCUCUUUUACAAACCCGAAACCCGGCCUUUUCGCCGCAAACUUUUCCCACACCAUACCCCGCGAUAGAGCCAUCGUUGCGGCCAUCCCAAGAUCCCGACACCGCACAACAAACUCGCGCAACCAUGGCCACGCCGGCUGCUGCGACCACCGUGGGCACCACCACGGCCAAGAUACCCGAGAUUGAUGAGGUCUGGAAGGCUGCGCAGAAACUCCGUGGUACGAUUGUCAAGGAACUGGAGCAGGUACAGGGCAGAGAAGCUGCCAACGAGGUGGCUCGCUUCGAGAAAGUCGAGAAGUUGAUGGAGCAUUAUCGCCUUGCCUGUGUUGAGGUCAUCUGGCCCGACUUCCGAGUUACCAAGGAGAAGCACGUCGAGGACACUCUUUGGCAAGUUCACACAUUGAUCACCAAGGCCUACCGAAAGGUGCUUGGUAGGUUGAACGGCAACGACAAUGCCGUACUUCGACGUAGAGUUGAGCGGUUAUACGCCGCCUACUUGAAGACUGCGCAGUACUUCUACAAGGGUUGGCUGCAGAGAGUGUGCGCUCGGUAUAACAUCAAGGAUCUUCAACGCAUAGCGCGCGUUAUUGGCAUCGAGAUGUCUGUCCCAAAGGCCCACACGGUUGACGCUGCUGCUCAUAGACUGGAUGAGAUUGUCAGGGACUCGUGCCACAAGACGCUCAUCUACCUGGGAGACCUUGCUCGAUAUCGCACUCUUCUUCGCAACAAGGACCGCAACUGGGAUAAUGCGCUGUCGUACUACUUUCUCGCGAACGACCUGGCCCCAGAGUCAGGCUAUGGCCACCACCAGUGCGGCGUCAUCUACGCCGAGGUUGACGAUCACUUGCACAUCGUUUAUCACAUGUACCGCGCAAUGGUCUGUGACAAGCCGCAUCCAAAUGCUGCGCCGAACCUUGAGCGAGAGUUCCGCGACAUCCAGAAGAAGAGAGGCGGGGAUGCCAGACAGGUCUUCAUCACUUGGUUUCUGAAGCUUCAGGCCUUCUACUACCAGGGCAAAGAAUUCUCUGAGCGUAAGGAACUCGAGAAUGAAGUUGACCAUCGUCUGGCCGUCGCCAUGAAAUCAGGCACACUUUUCAAAUCGGACCAAGAUUUGCUCAAAAUCAUUCUGAUCAAUAUCACAAGCUAUGCCGCUUGCGCGCAGAAGGUUCAGGACAAAUGGACUGAGGAGGGAUCUCGCUCAUGCCAAUAUCUGCUCCUUCUCAACAUUCGCACUAUCCACAUCAUCUCAAAGCUGCUCCGAGACGAGCUUAACGAGCUGGUCAAACGUCAACCAGUGGAGACCACUCUAGCGCAAGAACAGAGCAAGUUCACGCCCGUCUUCGCCCGCGUCUUGCCUUUCCUGCGCGUGUACAUGGCUUGGCUAUGCUUCUACAGCACUGAGCUGAAGCAGUACCAGGAGCACUUGGAGCCUCAAUUUGGCGACAUGUGCAAGAUGCUCAGCAUGGCCUUGGGUCUCCUCCUGGAGUUCGUAGCAAACGCUCAAGAGCCUGGAAAGAUUGUUCCGUGGCGUUUUGCCGAAGACGAGCUCACACUCGGUGUGAACUGCCUCAACGGCCCAGAGUUGAAGGGCUGCCAGCUCUAUUGCGACCCGUUUAGCAAGCAACCCAAGCCGCGACGGGAUGAGUCCCCUGAGGAUGAGUACUCAAACGACGACAUUACUUGGAGCAGGAUGCUGCACAUUGCGCUCUGUGCUUUCGAGUUGGCGACUCCGGGAUCCCCGUUUCCGCUCGUCACUGCUACGGCCUCUUCCAAGGACGCGGAGGGAUAUGCGACCGUCGUGUACCACGAAGGCCCAAAACACUUACCGCCAAGCGUCCAGAGCCCGCAACCGGCCUCCUCUGCUUCUACAACCACCGCAGCCCCUGCGCCUCCUGCAGCCGUUGCCACGCCGGCUCAUGUACCUGCGGAAGUAGUAGCAGUCCCAAGCCCGUCAGACUCUGUUGAACUCUCGGAAGACCAAGAGUUCUAUGGAGAGCGAUUGCGCCGCGCCAGUGUCAUUGCCAAGCACUCUACAAGCAAGAAAAACGCUCAGCCCGCAGCGCAAAGCGAGAGUAUCUCUCACUCCGCUGAGGCCAUCCGAGCCAGCCAGCCAGCGCAGAACUCAGACUUCCUUCCUAUUGAGAAUCAGAUCUUCAACAUCCUUAAUGAUUUCCUUAGCCCGCCGGAGACUCGCUCUGCCCAGAAGCCCGAAACGCCAACUCGACUGGUCCCCGAGGACAGCACCUCCUACGGUAUGGGUUCCUCCACGGCCAAUGAGGUCUUCGGUGCCGCUUCAUCGAGCCCUGGUCCAAACCCAGGUUCUGCCACGGGCAAGACCUUUCCCACGUUGCCAUGGUCUUACUUUUUGGACUCGGGGGCUGGUGGGCCAGCUCAGAAGAAUGGUGGAAGGAGUGCAGGAUCGAAUGGCUGGGACACCGCCAUGUCUUCAAGACCGGCCAGCCAAGGCAGUCCAGCCCAUCUUGCCGGCAGCCACGGUUUUAACAAUCCACUGGCGCACCAUCAACACCGCUCUUCUGCUUCAGGCUCGUUCUCCAGGGACCGUGUAAACCAGCUUCAAGGCUAUAGCCGUGACCCCUGGCAGCAAACUGGAAAAAGCAUGGCUUCCCAAGGUAGGACUGCUUCGAAUCCUCUUUCACAGCAGAACAUUUGGGGCCCGUCUAGCUCGCCCUUCUCUGGAUCGCACAACUUCUCUGCCAACCCGUCCAGCCUCCCUUCAGUCAACAGCCCUAUGGGCUUGCCAAUGAGAACUUCUGGACUUGGUUACCAGCAAAGCAACACGGCAGCUCGCUCACCUCUCUCCGGCAACCCUCUCCGUGCCUAUCCAAAUGGUGCGGACGGCGGCCAUAUCAACCCGCCUCCUGGGUUUGGUGGCAAUGCUGCUGCGGCUCUGGCAGACUCGGUUUACACCACCUCUCCCGGCGCGCAUGGCCAUAGUCAUCAGACUUAUGGGUACCAGGACGCCAUCACCGCCCAGCAGCAGCAGAUGCUGGCGAUGAUGAGAGGCAAUGUCAACGCUGAGAACAACUGGAACGGGUUCAACACGGCUUCCAAGCCCUCGCAGACUCUGCCGCCGGGGCUUCAGAACCAGAUGUAUGGUGGUGCGUUUGCUUCGCAGCUGGGUAACCAGCAGCAGCAGCAGCAGCAGCAGCAGGCUAUACGCAAGGCGGAAAACCUUCCUAAGCGCUGAGAGAUGAUGUGCAAUGGAUUCGACUCACAUUUUUUGUACGGCUUUUUGUCAACCAACCAGGCCACCCUCUUGUCCUUGUUAGGAGGACUAUCCGGGCAUCCUUUAACGAGUGGGGCAUACCUUUGCCAGCCAGUUUGGAAUCCGAAUCGACUUGUUCGUCUUCGAGUUCUUCGGCCGCAACAAGCGAUUGGCCGCGAUGAUCUCAACUUUGCAUACAUCCUUGCCUUUGGUCAAUCUCGCAGAACUUGAGAAGCCCUAUUGCCACCACCGCCGCCGACCACAGCCAUUUUGUCACGGCAUCACAGCGAUCAAGAAAGGGGAUUUGACAGAUUGUUCAACAUGGCAGGUUGACGCCAUGCUAUUCGCCACAAUAUAUUUAUUGGCCUUUGCCUUUUGGCCCUGUGGUCUUCACCCCUGACCUGGAACGGUCUACCUAUUCUACCAAAUCUACCCACCCCCCGAAACCUUUCUCACAAUGCUCAAUAUGAUGAUGCCUGGAGGGAGACAAGGGAAAAAGUUGAUAUUCUCCCAAACGCAUGACAGGAAACAAAAGAGAAGAAAAUGCCAAAAAAAAAAAAUUUCGCUCACACACACACAACACACAGCAACCAGAUUUGCCUCCCGUUGUUGAAACCCAGAUAGACUGACUCCUCUACCUUUUUUACACUUUUCCCGAUGCGAUUUGACCCCUCCAACGCCCUACAAGAAAAAGCAAAGGAAAAGAAGAAAAAAGAGUUCAUUCAUUGAGUGAUCUACUGGCGGGAGUAGGUCUGCUUGGGGAAGGGGUAACUGGGAGGGGGGAGUUAGCUGAGGUCAUUCUUUUGAGUGAGGAGGAUUUGGUUUGGGGAAAGUAGGGCUAGGGGAAUAAGGGGCAGCGGAAAGUAUUCUUCAGUAGCAGCAGUAGUAGUCGUUGCGCUUUUGCUUUUGUGCUCGCAAAAAUAACACAGACUGAUCAACCGAACUUUUGUGUG